AUGCCAUUCCUCAAAAAAAUCUUAAUUUUCGUGAUUUUUCUUAAAAAUGUGACUUCCAUUCGGUAUUCCAUCUGUCACGCCAACGAUCAACAAUGCCAAAUUCGAGAUUUACGACUCACAGAAGAUGAUUUCGACUUCGAACCAAUCGCCAGUAACAUCGAUUCACUGUUAGUGCUUGAAAUUUCCUUCGAAGACACAUGCGACAUCCCAAUAAUUUACGAAAAUGUCUGCAAAAUGUUCCCAAAUCUUCAAGUUUAUCGAGCAACCAAUGUUGGAAUCAAAAAAAUCGAUCCUGAAACGUUCAGUUCGUGUCUGGAUUUGAUCGAAUUGCGACUUCAUGACAACUUUAUCAAGGAAUUAGAUGAAAAAACCUUCUGGAGUAACGAAAAUAUACAAAUAUUGGAUUUGGGAAAUAAUUUAUUGACCACUUUAGAUGCUAAGAUGUUCAUUAAAAGCCAAAAUUUGAAGUUUUUGAGCUUCAGUAAUAAUUAUUUCGAAGAAUUUUCAUCGAAUUUGAAUCUCACAAGUCUUCAGGAGCUCCAUUUGCAUGGAAAUGACUUGCUAGAAUUGAAUGUCGAGCAAAUGAUAUCAACUUUAAAGGCCUUAAAGAUCAUUUUAUUAGGAGGAAAUUGCUUUAAAUGUGAUCGAGCGGAAGAAAUGAGGAAAAUUUUGGAAAAUAAUCGAGUUACGAUCAUAAAAGCCAAAGUCUUGAGGAACAAGGAACGAUUAAAAGAUGACAAAUUAAUCACUUGCAUCUCAAAUAACGAAUGGAAUAUCCGAAAAAUAGCGAGAGAUUUCCCUGUCGUGCAGCAAGAAUUGGAAAUUAAUCAAAAUUCAGUGAAAAUUUUAACAAUAGAACUUGAAGACAUGAAAAAAGAGAUGCAAAAAUUGACUUAUUUCGUAAAAUCAAUGAUGGCAAGUUCAAAUUACAACGAAAAAGAUCAAAAUUUGUUGAGUCAUCACGUGAACGAGAAGCAAUUAAAGGUCAUGAAAUGUUCAACGGUAUGUCAAGAUCCUUAA